CCAUUAGCAACUACCAAGAAAAGACGAGUAGGCACUAGUCAGUUCCUCAGUUGCAAACUUGCAAAUCGUUUUCAAUUCAUUGUGGAAAAUCGGCAGCGAUGGGCGUGGCUUCAUCUCCGUCGUUUCCGGUUCUUGUAGGACAACGACUCCCCACUUCGCCUUCAACUUCUCCUCUUCUUCGCCCACGUGUCGUCGUUGCGGCGGUUUCUUCGGAUUCUUCUCCAGCUUCCACCUCACAAGCCACCAAAUUGCUCACUUUCCUAGGCAAAGGUGGCUCUGGAAAAACAACCGCCGCUAUUUUCGCCGCUCAGCAUUAUGCAAUGGCUGGAUUGAACACAUGUUUAGUGAUACAUGGCCAAGACACCACUGCUGACUACCUCCUCAACUGUAAGAUUGGAACUGAGUAUGUCGAAUGUGGAACAAAUCUUUCGGCUGUUAGGUUGGAAACAACCAAAAUGCUUCUUGAACCUCUCAAACUUCUGAAGCAAGCAGAUGCACAGCUUAAUAUGACACAAGGCAUACUUGGAGGGAUUGUUGGAGAAGAGCUUGGCAUUAUGCCUGCGAUGGAUUCGAUUCUUUUAUUAUUUGCACUUGAGAAGCUUGUAGGACUUUUGAGUAGUACAGCUUCAAAGAGUCAAGGCGAUAAAUUUGAUGUGAUAGUUUAUGAUGGUAUCAGCAGCGAGGAAACACUGCGGUUCAUAGGUGCAAGCAGUAAAGCAAGAUUGUACUUGAAAUAUCUCCGAGUAUUGGCCGAGAAGACUGAGCUUGGGAGAUUGGCUGCUCCUUCAAUCCUGAGACUUGUGGAUGAAGCUGUAAGAAUAAGUAGCAGCAGAUCUUACUUUAAUGGUAGAACGAGCUCAGAAAUAUGGGACACUUUAGAUCAAAUGCUGGAGAGAGGAUCUUCUGCCUUCUCAAACCGGCAGAGAUUCGGUUGUUUCCUUGUAAUGGAUCCGAAUAAUCCAACCUCUGUUAAUUCGGCAAGGCGAUAUUGGGGUUGUACAAUCCAGGCUGGUGCUCAAGUAUCUGCAGCUCUCGGCUUCACGUCUCAGCCGCAACAUCUAGAACCCUUGCAAAGAGCAAAGAAAGGUUUCUCACCCCUGCCUUCUGCUUUCAUUUCAAGUUUAUCCAUGAAUAGCCCAAUCAAUUGGAGCAGAGUACUACUAGACACAAGCAACAAAGAUGCUAGGCAUCUUCUUACUUCCGAAGCAAGUCAAUACGGUUAUGCUAUCUCACCGGUUGAAUUUGAUUUGAAACGAAAAUCAGUUACUCUCUUCAUGCCUGGUUUCGACAAAUCAGAGAUCAAGCUAUACCAAUAUAGGGGAGGAUCUGAGCUGUUGGUAGAAGCAGGAGAUCAAAGGCGUGUUAUUCCGUUGCCCCCAGAAAUUCAAGGAAAGGUUGGCGGAGCCAAAUUCGCAGAGAGAAGUCUUUUUAUUACAAUGCUAUGAGUUCGGAUCCUCUAAAGAGAAAGAGAUGUGUAAAGUGAAUAGCUUUCAUUAUAAUUGAUGUUACCUUAUUAACCCAAAGAGUGAUUACAUUAUCAUUUUAUCACUAUAUAUCUCCUCAGUUCAUUUCAGAGUAUCCAGAUUCCAUUGCUUUAGUCUUUUUCUUGUUAUUGUUCUCUUCACCUUCUAUGUAUUAUGCAUGGGCCAUGAGCUAUGUAGAACGGUUUAAUGAAUAAUCUUGCCAAGGACUGGGCAUAGCACAUUGCCGUCAUUUAUGCAUCA